AUGGAUAUGGAUCAUCUCAUCGGUCAGCGUUUCAACCUCAUCUCGAAAAGUGAAAUUCGCUAUGUCGGUACCUUGCACGAGAUAAAUCCCGAACAGUCCACAAUUGCCUUGGAAAAUGUCUUCUCCUUUGGUACUGAAGACCGCAAAGUCGACAAAUUCAUCCCCCCUUCACAACAGAAAUAUGGCUUCAUUGUCUUUCGCGGAAGCGAUGUCAAGGAUAUCAAAAUUGCGGAAGAUGAGCCGUCACAGCCAUCUCCUCCACAGAGCAUGCCGAAUGACCCUGCCAUAUUGAAUGCGUCGCGACCGGGCCCUGCUCUUCAGGGAGUCCCGCGUGACGGUCCCUUUUCUCCAGAGUACCAGCAUCCUCCUCCUUUCGGUGGCUACUAUCCUCCAAAUCAAUUUGGUAGAAGCUACGGCCCGCCUCCAGGAGGGUUUGGCCCCGGUCCUGGCUUCCCCCCUUAUGGACCUCCGCCUCCUGGGUAUUUUGGUCCUCCCGGUGGCCAAGGCUUUCCGCAAGGUCCCGGCCCUCACCUCUUUCCACAACACCAUCAGCCUCCGAUCGGCCCUCAAGGGUUUCGCGGCAAUAUACCACCACCUGUUCCGCAGCCACAGCCUCAUCCUGACUCGGGCGCAGGCGCAGAACCUCCUACCUCGAACCUGACGUCUGAACUUCCAGGCAGCAACAAGGCCCCUGAAUCAAUCUCUUCUCCUCCCCUUCCAAAAGAUGCUCAACCUCCCGCACCCUCUCCCUCACAACUGUCCCAUGCACAGGUCGCUGCCAAAGCUGCUCCUACGUCUGCCCCUGCGCCAGCAGUGGCGGCAGCGGCGGCGGCAGUGGUGGCGCCUCCCAAAGCUGCACCUACAGGACCGAAGAAUACCCGUGUCACACCGGCAGUCCCGCUCACCGUGAAUCAGAAGUCUUUCACUCCUCCAGUCCCCACUGCGGUGGAUACUUCAGCGACCAACGGCGCUGGUACAAAGCCCCAGAAACCUGUACCCUCACAAGCUGCAAUGGACGAGGCGGCGCGACAGGCAAAGGAAGCGGUCGCAGCAGCCAUGGCAAAAUUGAACCCCCAAGCAGCUGCGGCACAGGCCAAACAGACUCCUUCAACGACCGCAGUAGAUGCUUUGACGAAGAAGGUGGCAGAAAUGUCUACAUCAACAACGAGCAAUGGGACCGCCCGGGGUGGUCGAGGUGGAUUCAGAGGUGGUCGAGGUGGAAACUACCACCGUGGAGGUGGCCAGAAGAAGAUGGAAAUUCCCAAGUCUGACUUUGACUUUGAAUCUGCCAAUGCGAAAUUCAAUAAGGAGGACCUCAUAAAAGAGGCGAUCGCUUCGGGAUCUCCCCUUGAAGAGAAUCCAACACAGGAAGAAGGCGACGGAGAGGCAGGGAAACCCACACCGACCAGAAAAGACAGUCUCCCCACGGCCGGUCCAGCCUACAACAAGUCAACUUCGUUUUUUGACAAUAUCUCAUCAGAAGCAAAGGACCGAGAAGAAGGCAACGACGGACGCGCACAUGCCAGACAGGUGCGCAGCGAAGAGUUCAAGAAGAACAUUGAGACCUUUGGUCAAGGGAAUGUGGAUGGUGGUUAUCGGGGACGCGGAAGAGGGUCCGGCUACGGUCGUGGAAGACAAUACAGCGGGACGUAUCGAGGCGGUUAUAAUAGCCGCGGGUACGGUGGAUACAACUAUCGUGGUAAUCGAGGACGGGGCGGACAAGGGCAGGGACAGGCACAGGCACAGGCCCAGGCUGGUCAGGCUGCUGCGCAGACCUAG